CAUCAAUCUUUCCAUCACCACCAAAUUUAGGAAGAAUAUCGCGACAACUCAUCUUAGCACAGUUGUGCCAAUUCGCCCAAGAUGGUGUCUAUAAUGGGGGUCCACUUCCACGAGAAGAAGUUGGUCAAGAAAGCUCUUGAGACCUUCUAUGGGCUCGGGCCUCAAGCAUCUGCUCGUAUCCUCGCAAAAUAUACGAUACACCCGCUCGCCAGACUCGGCACCAUUGCCCCGAAGACGAUCACAGCCCUGACAACUGAAUUAUCGACUAUGACGAUAGAGAACGACGCUAGGCGAAUAGUACAAGAUAAUAUUAAGCGAUUGAGAGAUAUGGGAACGUAUAGAGGAAGAAGACAUGCUAUGGGUCUGCCCGUACGUGGACAGAGGACACGAACACAAAUCGAGAGCGCGAAGAAGUUCAACUGCCUGGAGAGAGGAGGCACAAACUCCAAGAUUUAAAACCGUUUACUUGGGAAUACUUAGCAUAUAAGUAUAGGAAUGAAAUGUUCCAUGGAGUCGACUUAACGUGGCUCGUGAAGAAAGGCGUUGAAUGGAUGAUUAUAUCAAGUUCUAGUCCUCUAUAAAUAGGCAAAUUCGAGAGUAUAUAUAUUCUCUAUGAACUAAAUAGUAGUAUAGGGACGCGAUUCCCUUACAUAACUAAAUGUAAAACUCGCAGUUUUAAAGAUA